AUGUCAUCAUCAAUAGCAUCGUCCCUUGCGGCCACAACGAAGUCCCCCAAGACCAAUUCUCUGUUAUUGCUCUUGCAGAUGUCUGAUAUAGAGUUGGACAAUCAAAUAAAGGACAAUAGUAAAUGGAAGAAGCGGUCAGAAGAGACCACUCUCGAUGUCCAUUUCCCGGAGCUAGACAAUGCGUCCUUGGAAGCCACCAAUCUCGUACUUAUUGGAUCCAGCAUGCUCGAGCGGUUCAAAACAACUGGCCACGACCUCAAUCUAGGUUCAAAGCCAGGAACUUUCAACGCCGGGGUAGGAGGCGAUACAAUCCCCAACAAAGUGGGAAUGGUUAUUGUCAAUAUCGGUUCUAAUGAUUUGAAAAAACCCGGUCGAAGCUUGACCGAAGCUCAACUUUACCAAUUCGCUCUUCACUUGGAGGCGUUGAGAAGAACAUUCCCCCGAGCACGAAUCGUGGUUACGGCAUUAUUUUACAAGAAAGAUGUCCACCUAUCAGAUGUUGAUAGAAGUAACGAGGAUCUGCAAAGCAUAGUCUCUGGAUUGCCUAGUGUAGAGUGGCUAGCGGCACCGGAAAUCGAUCUUGACGACCAUUAUGAGGAUCACGUUCACUUGAACAGAGCCGGUUAUGAAGUAUGGAAUAAAUGGCUGGUGGAAAAACUUGAGAUUUAG